CCCAGGAAGCCAUGACAGAGGUCAGGAAGCUGCCUCCGCCCCUGCCCCCGCGGCUGGACUGGUUCCUGCACACCCAGGUGGCCCAGCUGGCCCGAGACAGGGUCCCCGAGUGGUUCCACGGUGCCAUCUCGAGAGAAUAUGCCGAGGACCUGCUAGAGUCACAGCCACUGGGAUCCUUCCUCCUCAGGGUCAGCCACAGCCACGUGGGCUACACGCUGUCCUACAAAGCCCAGAGCUGCUGCCGCCACCUCAUGGUGAAACUCCUGGACGACGGGACGCUGGUGAUCCCAGGGGAGAGGGUGACCCACGCCUCCCUGGACGAGCUGGUCUCCUUCCACCGGCAGACGCCGAUCGAGCCGCGCGGGGAGCUGCUGACACACCCCUGCAGGCAGAAGGAUCCGGCAAACGCGGAUUACGAGGAGCUCUUCCUUUUCUCCAACGCACUGGCCGAGGAAGCAGCCUGCCCGGCGUCCACAGGCGAGGAGAUGCGGAUGUGA